AUCUCGUAUGCAGAGCAGCCUUUACAAGAUCCCACCCGAGCCCUGGGGAACUAUGGGCUGAAGGAUGGAGAUGUGGUAGUGUUACGACAAGCAGAGAGGUUACUAGGGCCACAACCCACAGUUCCUGGUCUGCCUCGCAUCGAUUUCAGUUCCAUUGCGGUUCCUGGGACCUCCUCAGGCCAAAACAGACAGCACCAAGCCCAGCGUCCCAGUGCCACCCAGUCACGGCCGCCCCCUGCUACCACCACACCAGGCUCAGCCCUUUCUCCUCAGGGAUUGGAUAACCCCGCCUUGCUACGUGACAUGUUGCUGGCAAAUCCACAUGAGCUGUCAUUGCUUAAGGAGCGAAACCCUCCCCUUGCUGAGGCUCUACUGAGUGGAGACCUUGAGCGCUUCACCAAGGUGCUGUUGGAGCAGCAGCAGGACCGAGCCCGAAGAGAGCAGGAGAGAAUCAAACUGCUGACUGCAGAUCCUUUUGACUUGGAAGCUCAGGCCAAAAUUGAGGAAGAAAUCAGACAACACAACAUUGAGGAGAAUAUGACCAUUGCUAUGGAAGAA